AUGUGCUUGGUGCGGUGCACGGCCAAGCUCGUCCUCUUCGUCUUCUCGUCCUGCGCCGGAAGAUGGCUCGCUGAUCCUGUUACCUUUGACGCUUUUGGAUGCGGGGCAUCGCGCCGCUACUACGCCCAUGGAUGCUUCUGUUGGCAGGUUUGUUAUGAAGAUGACGCCGAGAUGUUGCUCGUGCUCGACGCGCGCAGGAUGGAGUUCUCCGUCGUCGACCUCCCGCCUCCGCCUGGCCCUGAUAUGCGGCAGGUGGCCACUGUGGAGGCAGGAGAAGGAAGGCUUGGGAUGCUUACUAUCGAUCGAAGUAAACGUGGUGCACAUCGUCUCUUGUAUGCCGUACAUUCGUCGAAGGAUGGGAAUGGCGCAAACCAGUGGCAAUCCAAGCCCGCGAUCCCUUUGCCGGAAAAUUAUCGCUAUUGCAUUUGCAUCAGGGGUGUAGCUGGUGGAUACUUACUCCUUACUGGGCGCCCAGAAAACAACAGGGCAAUAGUAGACUAUUUUUCACUGGAUCUCCAGACUUUGCAGGCUGAGUGGUUCUGUCAGACUGGUGAUUAUGUCAUUAUUGGUGACUUGUAUGCCGAUCUCCCACCGUCCUUGUCCCCGCCGACACUUUGA